GUUGCCUUUCGCUGGCCAAGUCGUGCGGUUCGAGCAUAUAACUCGCGAGUGCAUUAUCAUUAUCAGCUUUGAUCGAGUAACUGUAACUGUAUCUAUCUAUCUGUGUAUCUGUAUCUGUAAAAAGUGUGUGUGUUAGAUAUUGAUAUGAUGGCAUGUCGCGUGUGCAACUGAGCAUAUGUUAACAAUAAAACAAAGUUCACUUGACCAGUGACCAGCAAACACGGCCAAAGUGCUUGAGAUACAUUUGUAUCUUUGAGAUACUUGCGUAAGCUACAGCGAUCUAUAGCCAUACAACAACCCACGGACUGUGCAAGUGCAAAUUGCUGCUCGAUGCGCAAAGCACAUGAAAAUAAAAAGAAAAAUAUAUAAAUAAAAUAAAAAAAAAUAGUAAAGUUUUUAGUGAGAGAUAAAACUGUGAUAAGCAAAACGAGCAAAACGGAGCAAAACGCGCUGCGGAGCAAUUAAAUGCGAGAUAAUAUACAAUUUUAAUAAAAGUAAAACCCGCAGCAAAUUAAAAAGGAAACGUCGCCAAAUGCAGCAGCAACAGUCGCAGCAGCAGCACUAAAAGUAAUUAGCUUCAGCAACAGGGGCGAGCGACAGAGAGAGAGAUAGAGGUAGAGAGAGGGAGAGAGCGAGCAAUAAUAAUAAAAGGUGAAAUAAAACAAAUGAUGUUGCAAUCUUUGAAACUGCGCGCGGAUAAACUAAGCGGCAUUCCAACAACAACAGAAACAACAGAAACUACAACAACAGGCAACACUGCGGCAACUGUUGAGGCAGCAACAAUUAUAGACACAACAACAACAACAACAACGACGAUAACAACAACAGCAACAACAAUGCUUACAACAGCACCUGUUGCACAUGUCGCUAAUGGUAUGGCCAAUGGCAGCAGUCUCUAUAACGGCAGCAACAGCACUAACAAUUUAAAUACCAAUAACAAUAACAACUUGCAACAGCAACAACAGCAGCAGCAACAACAGCAGCAGCUACAACAGCAGCAUCCAGCAAAGUAUUUAGAAAAUCUAACGCCCGCAACGGGCGCCAUUGCAACGGCAACAACUUUUACAGGUGCUGCUAAAAGUUUUCAUCCCUAUUUGAGGCCCAGCAGCAACAUACCAACAGCAGCUACAGCAACAGCAACAGCAGCAACGACAAUGACCAAAACUGCUGGCGGCAUUGGCGUCGGCGUCGGCAUGUCGACAACAUUGUUUGAAACACUUUUGCACAACCAAAUAAAUUCCAAUGCAACUACAGCCGCUGCCGUUGUUGCCGCCAUGCCAGCCGCAGCAGCAGCAGCAGCAGCAGCAACUGCAGAGGCAGCGCCAGCAGCAGCAGCAGCAGCAACCACAGCACCAGCAGCAGCAGCAGUUGCUGCGGCGUCGACGCUGCUAAAUUCCAGCAUUAAUUCCAGAACUUCAUUAGCCGACCAAAGCGCCGGCGGCGCCACAAAUUGCGACUCAAAUGGCGCUGAGGAGCCGCAGCUGGCGAUGGAGGCCAUCAAAUGCGAACCGGAUGCAAUGGAUACCAGCACAGUGGCCGAUACGGAAUCGGCCAAGGAUCAGCCCGAUGCGGACAACAUUAAAAUGUUUGUGGGCCAAAUACCCAAGACCUGGGACGAGCUCAAAUUGCGACGACUCUUCGAACAGUUCGGGCGGGUUCAUACGUUGAAUGUGCUGCGCGAUAAGGUCACAUCGAUUAGCCGAGGGUGCUGUUUUGUCACCUACUAUACGCGCAAGGCGGCUCUGCGGGCCCAGGAUGCGCUGCAUAACAUCAAGACCUUGGAUGGGAUGCAUCAUCCCAUUCAAAUGAAGCCUGCGGAUAGUGAGAACAGAAAUGAGCGCAAACUUUUUGUUGGCAUGCUGAAUAAAAAAUUUACGGAAGCCGAUGUGCGGCAACUUUUCACGGGCCACGGCACCAUCGAGGAGUGCACCGUGCUCCGGGAUCAGGUGGGCCAAAGCAAGGGCUGCGCCUUCGUAACAUUCGCAACCAAACAGAAUGCCAUUGGGGCGAUCAAGGCCCUGCACCAGAGCCAAACCAUGGAGGGCUGUUCGGCGCCGCUGGUCGUUAAGUUCGCAGAUACGCAAAAGGAGAAGGACCAAAAGAAGAUGCAGCAGCUGCAGGCCAUAUGCGGCAUCAGUGCACUCACCCAAACGCCCAGUGGGGCUGCAGCUGCUGCUGCCACGCCCACGGCGAACACGGCAACUGCGCUGAUUGCCGCAGCGCCGGCAGCGCAGCGCACGAAUCCAUCAAUGGCAGCCGCAUUGGCCGGUGUGCCGCCCGUUCAACAAGCCGGAGCAGCCGGACAAACGGCCACACUGGUCACGGUGCCCACAUCGGCGGCGCUGAGCGCCUCAUUGGCGCCGGCCUUGCUCGGCAGCAGUCCGCAUCAUGCACAGACUCCGGGCGCCGCAGCAGCUGCUGCCGCAGCUGCCUAUCACCUGAGUGCAGAUCCGACGGGCGGCCUGGGACCAGCAUCGGCUGCCCACCUGCAGCUGUAUCAGCAUAUGCAGGCCUAUGCUCUGCAUCCGGCACACUAUCUGCAAGGACUAAAUUUCCACCCACCGGAUAACAGUGCCCACCACGGCCAACACGGCCCAUCAUCCGGCGCUGCCGGCAGCGCAGCAGCAACUCUAUCGGCUGCCAACGCUGCAGCAGCAGCAGCAGCUGUCGCCGGGUCAGCAGCAGCAGCAGCAGCAGCAUCAGCUCCACCAUCAUCAUCAUCUCUCCCACUUGGCGUCGCAUCAUCCGCAACCGCAUCCGGCUACGGCGGCGGCGGCGGCGGCAGCAGCGGCGGCGGGCUCACUGCCGCCGGGCAUGCUGCUGGCGCUGGACUGCUCGCCAGUGCACCCAUGUCUAUGCAGAAUCUGGUAACACUAUUUAACGCAUCACAGCAGCAGCAGCAGCACAGCGGCAACAGCGUCAGCAGCCUCAGUCACAGCCACCGCCUUCACAGCAGCCACAGCAGCAACUUAAAUAACAUCAGCAACAUCAGCAGCAUCAGCAACAGCAACAGUCACAUCCCCAAUAGCAACAAUAACAGCAUCAAUAGCCAUCAACGCCAGCUCGCCGCCAGCUAUGCGCCCGGCGCUGGACAAUUGGUCACGCAUGCGCAGCACAGCCUAAACUUAGCUCAGCUAAUGGGCGUGGCACCGCCACCGCCGCCAGCGAGCGCCAGCCAAACGCUCACGCUGAGCGCGCUUUGGCCCGCCAGCGCCACAGAUCCCUACGGCACCAGCACACUAAGCAGCCUGACCAACGGCGCCAGCGCCGCGGCUUAUGGAGCCGCUCAGUCAUUGAAUGCCAGCGCCUUGCAGGCAGCCGCCGCGGGCGUGGCAGGCAAACAGAUCGAGGGUCCCGAUGGCAGCAAUCUGUUUAUCUAUCAUCUACCUCAGGAAUUCAUAGAUACCGAUCUCGCCUCGACAUUUUUGCCCUUUGGCAAUGUGCUAUCGGCCAAAGUGUUUAUCGAUAAGCAAACAAAUCUAUCGAAAUGCUUCGGCUUCGUCUCCUACGACAAUCCGCAUUCGGCAAAUGCGGCCAUACAGGCCAUGCAUGGCUUUCAGAUUGGCACAAAGCGCUUGAAGGUGCAGCUAAAGCGGCCAAAGGAUUCGGGCAAGCCCUACUAAAAAACAGCAGGGGGGCGUGGCUAACACACACACACACACCGAUACACAAAUAGAAAUAGUUUAGUUCCAUAUUGUGCCUUUUAGCGUGAAAGUUUUGAAACCAAAGGACCAAUUAUCAAAUGUAUCUUCUAAUGUUAAGGAAAAAAAAAAAAAUACAAAAAACAAAAAAAAAACACCAAAUAUGCAAACGUGGGGCAAGAGUUGGGGGCACAAAUAAUGUUUUCGCUAGAUGCACAGACAGGAAUUAAAAACAAGCUAAUAAACAAAAAAUAAAAACAAAAACAAAAAAACGUAUCCACACACAAAACCAACCAAAGAAGUAGCUUAAAAGUUGCAUCCGUGUUGUAAUCACUUUUGCUGAAAACAAUUUCUAGUGCAUUAUAUUCUUUAUCCAUGUGGUUGGCAAAAACAGAAAGGAAAACAAAACUAAACACGGGAAAAGUCAAAAAGGGGUGAAAACAAAAUAAACAAUACAAUGUUAACCAACACAAAACUGAAGCUGCGUUGUGGCGCCAAAGUAUUUUCAAAGCCAAAUAGUUAAGCAACAAUGGAAAAUCAAACGAACAUUUUCAAUGAAAAAAAAACUAAUAACA